AUGGUAGCCGCGUCUCGUGGGGGGAGGCCGCGCAACGCGGCGGUCUCCCGUGCACGGCUCUCGCCGCCGGAUGAUGCGCCGAUAUCCGCCCGCGUGGGCUCGCAGACGCCGGUCGCGUUGCGCACGGCGCAGGUGACGCGCGUACGGGCGGUGGUGGUGGCGCUAGUGGUGGCGCGCUGCUGCAUGCCUCUCGCGCGGGCUGCACCCGUGGUGGACCCUGACAUGGGCGUGGUGGCGGAGCUGGCGGUGGCGUGGAGCGGCACUGCGGCGUGCAACACGUGGGUGUGCGGCAGGGACUGCGACACCAUGGCCGGCCUGCUCUGCGACGCACAGGGCCACGCCGUCGCCAUUGACGUGCAGGGCGUGAGCAUCGUUCCCGCGCGCAUUACGCAGCUGGAGCACCUCACGUCGCUGAGCAUCACAUCCAGCAGCCUUGACAAAGGAGUUCCACCCACCAUCCUCGCCAUGCCCACCCUCAAGCACCUGAAUCUGACGGGCUGUCGCAUAUCCGUGCCGUUGUCGUCGUUCGUCAGCCAGAACAUCCCAAGUGCUCUCGAAACCUUGAAACUCGCCGGCAACUUCUUCAGGGACAACAGUACAGAUGCCCUCGCCCGAAUCACCUCGCUCAGACACCUCGACCUGAGCUACAACUCGCUGUCGGGGCCGCUGCUGGACGCCUUCAGCGCCCUCCACCACCUCACUGCUCUGCACAUCAACAGCAACUUCUUCGAAGGACUGCCCACCGUGCUCACCACCCUCACUGCCCUCAAGCACCUAUCGAUGGGGGCAAAUGGAUUCAAGCCGGCCAUUCCGCCAUUGCUGGGCGAUAUGAGCAACCUUCAAAUGCUGAGCUGUGUGUACUGCUUUGUCAACGGGCCUCUACCGUCGGAGUUGUCACGGCUGAAGAAGCUCACCCACUGGGGGCUGAGUUACACUGGCGUUUGGGGCACCCUCCCCAGUUCACUUGGCAACCUCGCCAACCUGGAAACUCUAUGGUUGCCACGCAACAAUCUGAGUUGGACCAUCCCCAACUCCUUUUCGCGACUCAACCGCCUCUCUACGCUGGAACUCAGUGAAAAUCGGCUGUCAGGGCCCAUUCCCUCGAUACUUGGUCGACUCACCAACCUGGACAAGAUGACCUUGCACGGCAACAGACUGGCCGGCAUCAUCCCUGCAUCCUUGGGCAGACUCAGCCGUCUCACCUUCAUGGAUCUGUCGUACAACCGCAUUAGAGGGACCAUCCCUGCUGCACUCAGCGGGCUCAGCAGUAUUGAUGACCUGAACCUAGCUGGCAACCGCCUGACAGGGACGAUACCUGCCGCAUUCAGCGCACUCAGCAGUCUUAAAAACCUCAAUCUGAAAUCGAACGAGCUGGUGGGGAGCGUGCCGUCGCUGCAGCGGAUGAAGUCAGUGCGGAACAUCUUUGCCGGGUACAACUUCCUCACGGCCACCGCCGACGCCUCUCUCGCCAACAUCCACAGCCUCUGCACCGCGGGCGGCCUGCGCCUGUACCUGGAGUCCAACUGCCUGGGCAACACCUCCGUGCUGUGUGGCAGCGGGCAGACACAGAGGAGCAGCAGCGAGUGCGAGUCGCUCUGUGGGAGCAGUCCCGACAUCCCUUAUUGCAGCGGCCAUGGCGUGUGCUACAGGGUGUUUGAGCAGAUUGGCCGUCCCCAGUGUGCGUGCUAUGAAGGGUACACAGCAGGCACGGACGUUGGCACAUGCGUCCCUCAAGUCCCGCAAAAGCAGGGGUAG